CCGUCGACAACAACAACAUCGAUGGGGUUAAUCAAUAUGGAAGAAACACCAUUUCAAUGUGAAUAUUGUCAUCGUUUUUUUAAACAUAAACGUAGCCGUGAUCGUCAUGUUAAAUUACAUACGGGCGAUAAACGAUUCCAAUGUAGCCAAUGUGAAUCGGCAUUUUCACGCAGUGAUCAUCUGAAGAUUCAUAUGAAAACACAUGAUCAUAUGAAACCGUUUCAAUGUUCAUUCUGUAAUCGUGGUUAUAAUACAGCAGCCGCAUUAUCUAGUCAUAUGCAGAAUCAUAAACGCAAUGUAUCAUCAUCAUCAUCAGCGGCAGCAGCAGCAUCAGCGAUGGAACAUCAUGGUAGCCAUUUAUCAUCACAAAAUAAUCAUCAUCAAUCAAAUAAAUCGAUACGUUCAUAUAAUAUGAUGCCAUUAAAAACAAUUAAUGGUACACAGACAUCAUCAUCAAAUGCUGCUGCUGCUGCUGCUACUGCGGCUAUCAUUUCCAAUUUAUUGAUAAAUGAUCUAAAUUCUCAUCAACAUCAUUUGUCCAAUGAUAAUGCAUCAUCAUCAUUAUUUGGUGGCCCUAAUAGUGGUAAUGAAUUUAUUGUUUCACAAAAAGAAACAUCAUCAGGUUUAUUAUUACCACAACCACCAUCGCAGCAAGAAAAUGGUCGUACCGAAAUUGAUUCAUCAUAUAAUCCAUUCUUAUGGCAAUCAUUACGUAUGGCAAAUUUUGCUCAACAACAACAUCAACAACAACAACAACAACAACAAUCUGGCUUAUUUCCUUCGUCAACAUUGAAUACACCACAUCAAUAUAAUAAUUUUCUUUCAAAAUUUCCAUUCUAUUCAUUAUAUGAUCAUCUAGCGGCAGCAUAUACAAAUGGUCAUGCAGCAGCAGCGGCAGCAGCAGCUACACAAUCAUAUCAACAUUUAUUAAAAACAUAUCAACAACAGCAACAGAAUCCUAAUUCAGCAUCAACAACAACAACAUUUCCAUCAUCAUGGUCAUCAUCAUCACCAUCAUCAUCAUCAUCAUCAACAUUUGCCGCAAUGGCAAAUCAUACGACACCAUAUCAUACAAAUCAACAGACAAAUUCAAUAUGUCAAGCAAUGUUGGAUAAUUUAGCUAAUGAACGUGCAACAGCAGCGGCGGCCGCCGCCGCCGCUGCAGCUGCUGCAUCAAUGAUCGUUAUGGAAAAAUUUCAUUGUCCAUAUUGCGCAGAACAACAACAACAACAACAAACACAAUCAGCAACGGUAACAUUUGAUAAUUUAGAAAAAUUUCAUGAUCACAUUAUAACACAUGUGUGUAAAAAACAAAUAAAAUUUACCUGUGAUCAAUGUAAAAAUAUUCAUUUUGAACAACGAAAACAACUUGAUGAACAUCUAAUGGAUAAACAUUGUGCACGUGUUUAUCAAUGUCAAUUAUGUCAACAAUUGUUCGAUACAAAACAAUUGAUACAGAAACAUUUUGAAACAUUUUCACAUUAUUCAGAAGAUUUACAAUUAUUCUGUAUACUAUGUGAUAAACAUUUUGAUAUUGAAAAUGAUUUCUAUCAACAUGUUAAACAAAAACAUAAUAAUACAAUGAAUUUGAUGAAAAAAUUGGAUGAAUUAUUUGUACAACAAAAUGGUAGUACUAAUAAUAAUAAUAAUAUACAACAGCCAUUAACACCUUCAUCGUCAUCGUCGUCAUCAUCAUCAUCAUCAUCAUCAUCAUCAUCAGCAUCAGCAUCAAUAUCUAAAUCGACAACACCGAAUACAGCAUCAGUAGCAGAAGCAGCUACGCAACAAUUUCACAAUACAAAUGCAAACGUUUCCGUAAUAAAUGAUGAACAAUCACAAUCGAUUAUAAAGAUUCAAUCGACAACACCACCAUCAUCAUUAUCGACAUCGAUUUGUUCCGGCAAUAAUGAACAUUUUAUCGAUUCGCAGCCAAAAUUAAAAUUGAAAAUGAAACCAACAACAAUAGUGUCAACGGCAAAAUCUAAUGGCCAAAAACGUUUAUCCAAUUUUGGUAUCGAUAAUUUAAUCAAAAAAGACCAUCAACCAUCAUCGUCACUACCACCACCACCACCAUCACAGCAUCAGCAGCAGCUACAAAAAUCUUUAUUAAAAAUUUCAAAUUUAAAACUAGAAACAACAACAGCAAACGCCGAUAAUUUGGAUGAUUGUAAAGAAUCGACAUUUAUCCAGUGCAAUAUAUGUGAUCAACGAAUAUUACGUGAUCAAUUGAUUGAUCAUCAACAUCAUCAUCAUCAUUCUGCCAUUACAAUAUCAUCAUCGCUGCAGCAACAACAAUGUAUUGAAUGCAAUUUGAUUCUAUUAACAGCGAAUGAAUUUAUAAAACACCAAAAAUCACAUUCAUCCAACGAUAAUGAUGAUGAUGAUGAUGAUGAUGAUGGUGAUGGACAAAAACAAUGUUGUUGUAUAUGCAAGAAAAUUUUUACCAAUAUCCAAGAACACGGUGAAUUACAUUUUUCUUCUUCUUCAAAUGAUAACUCGCAUAAACAAUCAACAACGACAACA